UGGUAAAUAUUUGUUUAUUUCCUGGUUCCGGCGGGACUAUCUUCUGCGGAAGUUUCCUGGUUGCGCAGUGAGACAGUCAAAGCGGAAGUGCGAGGCGGCUGGGUUGAUUUUUAGCGGAAGAAGUAUCACUUUGGGUCGAAAAGACGGACAUUUUAGUCGGAUUUCUGCUUCCGAAGAUGGCUCCCUGGCCGGGAGCGACGGUUCUAGCCAUCCUCGGCAUCUUCUUGACCGGCGGACAGGUCUUAGCCCAGGACUGUGCUGAUCUAUAUGAUAAUGGCCAAAGAGAGGAUGGUGUCUUCCCUAUUGGUACCCCUGCCUUCAAUGCUCUUUGUGAUAUGACCUAUGGAGGUGGUGGCUGGACUGUUAUACAGAAGAGACAAAGCGGUACCCCAGCUUUUGACAAAACAUGGUACGAGUAUGUGAAUGGAUUUGGCUCUGUAUAUACUGAAGACUUUUGGCUGGGUCUGGACAGGAUCCACCAACUCACUUCACAGAAAGCGUAUAAACUUGUGGUCAUAUUAGAAGACUGGACAAACACAGUUGCACAUGCAGAGUACUCCCAGUUUGCGGUCGGUGAUGCCACCAGUAAGUACACUCUACAGAUAGGAGGCUAUGCUGGGACUACUGGGGACAGUUUCACUACUUCCAAUGGGAUGAAGUUCUCAACAAAGGAUCAGGACAAUGACAAUGCAACUGUUAGCUGUGCAAACUACAACGGAAGGGGCGGUUGGUGGUAUCCUACGUCAUGUGGCCAGGGCACGUUAAAUGGUUACUAUCUAACCGACUGCAAAGAGGAUCCAAGCAACCCCGUAGCAUGUGAGAAACAAGGACUGAUCUGGGCUUCAUGGAGAGGAUCAAACUACUCACUCCAGAAGAGCACCAUGAUGAUCAAGCCAGCCCUGCCUAUUGAGGCAUGUGGUGAUGGUUUCUAUGGUGCGAGCUGCAGAGAGUGUGGACAGUGUGCUAACGGUGAUUUCUGUGACAAAACCAAUGGGUACUGUCCUGACUCCAGCCCCCGCUGUGCCCCAGGGUAUAUGGGUAUACGAUGUCAAAGAGCAUGUGGUGAUGGUUAUUAUGGUGAUGGCUGCAGACAACAGUGUGGACACUGUGCUAACAGUGCUGUCUGUAACAAGAUUUCUGGGUACUGUCCCUACAACACUCCCCGCUGUGCCCCUGGGUAUACGGGUAUACUAUGUCAAACAGCAUGUGGUGAUGGUUACUAUGGUGAAGACUGUAAACAGAACUGCGGACAUUGUGCUAACGGCGGUGUCUGCUCCAAGACUUUUGGGUUCUGUCCUUAUGGCACUGGACCUCAUUGUACUCCUGGGUACCAAGGUGGACAGUGUCAAACAGUUUGUGAUGAGGGGAAGUUUGGCCCUGACUGUACCGGGACCUGCCACUGUUACUUACCCGAUGAAUGUAGCCUUGAAGAUGGGAGAUGUCUGUUUGGAGGGUGUGAGGCUGGGUGGAAAGGGCAGUCCUGUCAGGAGGAUGUUGACGAGUGUCUGAGUCAGCCGUGUAAGAACGGAGCUGCAUGUGUGAACACCCCACCUGCAGGCAGCGCUACCUACACCUGUAACUGCACACCUGGAUGGACUGGAGCUAACUGUGAUCAAGAUGUAGAUGAGUGCCAGUCGAACCCCUGCACAGGAGGAACCUGUGUGGACAGACAGAACGGUUACAUGUGUACCUGUAGUGAUGGGAACAUCGGUGCCCACUGUGACAUAGAUCCAGCCAUGUUGGUACCAGGUGACCUCGAGGCUUUCACUGCCAGUGGUUCCUGUGGGAAAGGACGGUUGACCCUGCGCUGGAAUCCACCUGCCCAACACCAAGCUGAAGUUACAGGCUACGACAUCAGCUACAGACUCGCUGGUACAGGAGACUUGCCACAAGUCAUCAGUAAUGCCACAACUGGGACCACGUAUGUGGUGCAAGAUCUGCAGUCCUACACAUCGUAUGAGGUCUCAGUGAGAGCUCUGGUCACCAACGGUGUGGGUGCCUGGCAUCCAUGGGUCACCAAACGGACAAAUUCUGGAUAUCCUACACCAGUCAGGUCUCUGCAACUUACCAACAUCUCUUCAACCAUCCUUGUUGCCACCUGGGUGGAGCCAGAAGCACUGAAUGGAGAGUUGUACAAGUACGAAGUGGAACUAUUUAGAGGUUAUAUAAAGGUGGCUGAUAACAGUCUGGGUUCUGGUGACACCCUGCAAGUGAGAUACCAGGGUUUGGUUCCAGCAACAAAAUACACUGUCAGAGUGGUUCCAUAUAACCUUGGUCCGUGUAGGGGAUUUGAAAGUAGAGCCAACAGCACAACCAGUGAUGGACUACCCAGUGCUCCUAGAGGAGUGCAUCUCUCCACCAGUCAUAUGGCAUGUGUGCUACAUUGGGAAACACCAGAGACUCCAAAUGGCACCAUCAUCAAAUACACCGUGCACCUGACUGCCAUUUGGAUAGAUGCGCCCCCUGGCGCCCAAGCCGUGGAGUACAGCCAGGACCAUUUCAACCCGUUUGUGAGAAUGGGAACGUUCCCCAUGAAGUACCUGACUCCAAACUCCAGGUACAGGUUCAACAUGACGGCAUCCACCUAUGCUGGGAUGGGGGAGUUCAGCAACUACACACCCAGCACCAAUAUGUGUGAGGUUCCGCCUGGGAAGCCCAGAAUGCCCGCCCCUCCAGCGAUGCCGCAGGUGGCUGAGGUCAUCAAACAUGACGGCUAUCCCAUCACCCUCUCUCAGGUGUCGGAGAGGACAGGACCUGUGGAGUGUCAGCAGGUGCUUGUGCUGGAGAUGACAGAGGAAAUGUCACUACAGACACUUCCACCUGCAGACCAGCUCAAGGUGGUGUCUCAACAGGAAGCUACAUCAGGCAACAAUCUGACUGCCUAUGUGGCCCUGGCUUUCCGAAGGUGA